AUGGACCUGGAGGAGCUGCACUUCGCAGACGACUCUGCAGACGAUCCCUAUGAGAUUAUCCUCCUGCCGGACACCCGCAAGAUUGCCCCAGAAAACAGACUUAGCCCCGCACAUGCUUGUCUAUCUCAUCCUCUCAAAGCUUUAAGUAAUAUUCAGGAGUUCGUAGAAACUACAAUCGUUCUUAAGAAGGACAAGAAAAACGAACUCGGCUUCAGCAUCGCUGGAGGAAGCGACUCUUAUUUGGAACAAAUAUGCGUCACAGAAGUGCACAGGAACGGAAUAGCCUACUCCGACGGACGCCUUCGGAAAGGUGACGUCAUUUUAGCUGUGAAUGAUAUUUCUUUCCGCGAGGCUACCUUAGCCGAGGCGGUCAAGUGCCUGAAGGAGACCCCCUCACCAGUUCGACUCAUCAUUCUCCGGGAGAACCCACAGGCGCUUUUCACCACCAACGAGAUCCCCUCGAAGUUCAUUACUGUGGAGCUCAGAAAAUUCAGCAUAAAAGACAGCAUAGGGAUAAGCAUCAUGCAAAGGACGAAUGGGAGAGGAGUCUUUGUGACAUAUGUGCAGCCGGGCAGUGUCGCAGCCAGACACGGGCGCCGUAUUUCGCAGGGGGACCAGAUCUUGGAGAUCAAUGGCCACAACGUGAGAGAGAGCAACCAGAAGGAUGUAGCUCAGAUGAUUCAGAACUUAGAUGGUGCGAUUGUCUUGCUCUUGGGUAGGGUGCCGACUCUUUACAGUUCCAUUCAAGAGUGGGUGAAGUGGAAGGCUCAGCAGUGCCUAAGGACCAGGACUUCUACCUGGUCUUCAUACACCGCCAACACGAAAGAAAAACUGCAAGUCCAAAGGCCCAGCCUACCCGUGAGCAAGGAAAGCCCAGCAUUAGGUUUUGCCAACAGUAUAGCCGCAGUCAUAUGUUCGACGGUAGUUCCAGACGUGCUCAUGAAGAGUCCAUGCCACAGUCCCGGUUCCAGCCUCCGCAGAUCCAGACUCAGUAUACCAGAGGAAUCUGGAAAGUACCGACUCGAUGGACAACGUUUGAAAGAAGAAUUGAAAUCAAAAGCAUCCGAAACUCCUCGAGUCCCAAGGAUUCUCGUGACGAGUUUUUGA